GCGAAAACAGGCAGAUCCGACGUAAGAUUGUCGCAGGUCGAUCCUAAGACUUGCCGAAAGAAUUACUGCAACACCGUGGGCCAGCAGCGAAUUCGAUAUGGUCGCUUUUCCGAACUCGGAGAUUGAACCGACAUUUCUGAACGGAGGUAUCAUGCCGAACAACAGCAACAGGAAUCACGAUGACAGCCUGGUGAAUGACAUUAAUACUAGGAAAGUGAGGGAUGAAGCUUUCACUAUUCCCCGUGUAACAAUGUUGCUAUACAACAGGGAUAUUUACACGGUGAAAUUUGACAGCAUCGACGGGAUUGAUGACAAGAAGCUGAGUGUGGACAUCAAUCCGGAGCCUACCGUUGUAAAAAAAGUCGCCGCGGGCUUGAAAGCACUCAACGACAAGAGCGAGAAGAAAGAUGUGCCCGACGGCGUAAACGGAAAUGGAUCUGUCUCCAGCAGCAGCUCCAUAGUGACGAUUUCAUCGGUCGCUGUCUCGGAUCCUGAUCCGAACUUUCACAAGGAAUUAAGCGGCCAGGGAGACAAGAGGGAUAUCAGGAAUGAAAAAUGGUAUCACACGAUCUUGCAAGUGUCGGUGCCCUUUUUAAUCGCUGGGAUGGGCACCAUCGGCGCCGGGCGUGUUCUUGCCGAUACAAAGCUUCUACCCGCUUUCAUAGAAGUCCCCCAAUUACUGAUCCUGACUACGGCGCUGCAGGGUCUGAAGGGUAAUCUCGAUAUGUGUUUAGCGUCACGGCUGUGCACUCAGGUGAACUUGGGCAACAUGAAGAGCCGACGGGAGAUCAUCAAGAUGAUCAUCGGGAACAUCGCCCUGGUGCAGAUCCAGGCGAUCGUCGCCGCCGCCUGUCUAUCGGUGUUCGGCAUGGUGGUGGGCACGUUCAAUGGAAACGUCUUCGACUGGAAUAGCGCGUUGUUGCUGGCGGUGUCGUGCAUGUGCACGGCGACCAGUUCCUGCUUUAUCUUGGAUUUUAUCAUGAUCGCUGUGAUCAUGUUGUCCUAUCGAUUCAAAAUGAAUCCGGAUAAUCUGGCGACUCCUCUGGCCGCAUCUAUCGGUGACGUCGUGUCCAUCAGUAUUCUUUCGGCCAUUGCGUCGGAAUUCUUCGUCAGGAUGAACGAAGGGUUCAUAUGGAUAUUGUACAUAGUUCUCGGAGUGUUCAUAAUGCUCUUGCCAAUUUGGACUGUGAUCGUGCUGAAGAACAAGUACACGAAAAGUGUACUGAGAACCGGCUGGAUCCCCAUCUUGUCCGCCCUUCUUAUCAGUGGUGGCGGUGGAAUAGUUCUGGAGAAAAUGAUUACUGAGUAUCCAGGAUCCGAAGUCUUUCAACCAGUCAUUAAUGGAAUUGGUGGCAACCUGGUAUCGGUGCAAGCGUCUCGAAUGUCAACCAUGUUGCACCAAUCUUCUAUCAUGGGAAUUCUGCCACCGCACGGCAAAAUCUGGGUGACGCCGUUGACUGCGCUUUUCGUAGGAUGUCCGUACGCCAAGACCGCAAGAUUGCUCAUCGCCAUGGCUAUUCCUGGUCAACUCAUGUUUGUCUUCAUCGCUAACGCUCUAAAUCCUGGUGAUUGUAUGAUACACGCAUACUUCGUAAUCUCUUACAUAGUUGUCUCCGUAGUACAAACGGCGCUGGGUGAUCUGAGCGGAUCGCUGCUCCUGGCGUUAGCUUUCCUCUUCAUAUACUCAAUAAACCGACCAUAUUGCAUCGAAUAACAUGUAAAUCUAGAGAUAGGACCAAAUUGCACAGUGUGGAGAAGCCAAGCCAACCUCGAUCGUCAAACGGAAGAAUUGAACUGUCAAAAUAAUUCACUACUUCAUCACGUUUUUACAGUACAAAAUAACUUGCGAAAUGAACCGAAUGAAAUGAUGGCAAAGUAAUGCCAAGAGGCAAGAUACAAUGAGGAAAAUACUCAGAUAAUAAAUAUAUAUUUUUGUUAAUGAUAA